GCCAGUUCCGGUACGCGAAAAUGCGAAGAAAUCUAAUCAUGGCGGGCGCAGAAGGCCACCAACAGCCGAAAAUGUAUUUGGAUUUCUUAAAUGUAGUGUUCACAUGUUGUGUUAUCAAUUUAAUUACCACAUCACUAAAAGGAGUAGAAGCACAUAGUCAAGCCUUUAUCCAGACAGACACAGAGUUGAGAUACAUGGUCGAUGGCAUCUCUGUACAUAUUCAUGAGGGCUUGUCAAGUCAAGGCUUGGGUCUCGACUGGACAGAGGAGAAUAUGGGGUUUGCGAGUCCGAUUCGCUUUGAGCCCCCAAUGAUUGAUUUUGGAGAACAUCCGGUGGGCAUGCCACACCUGGAGCGUGUUCUCGUUCAGAAUCCGAGCAGCGAGAACAGUGUGACGCUGUACUCGAUAUCGGGCAGCACCGUGCACUUCCAGUGCUCCUUCUUUGAAGAUAAGGUUUUGUCACCUGGUGGCAACACAACAUUUGACAUCGUGUUUUUAGCGAGGCAAGAAGGAAAUGUAGAAAAUACGUUACACAUCCACACUUCUGUGGGCCAUUUUAAAUACCAA